AAUAUGUGUGCGGUUUUUUUUUUAUCUUUCUUUCGCUUUCUCUCACAGUUAUGGUGGAUUAGCGUGUAUUUUAUUUUAAUAUAAAAUUGUAUAAAAUCUCAAACAAAUAAUGAAUGACGAUAAAGUUGAAGAAGUGAUUCAAAAAAUUGAAUCAGUUCAUUUUAAAGCACCAGCUAUUCAAAAUAAUUCUAAAGGAUGGGGUCCAUGUGAAUUACCAAAUCAAUUUAAAGAUAUACCAUAUCAACCAUUCUCAAAAAGUGACAGACUUGGUAAGAUAUCUGAUUGGACUGGAGCUUCUUUCCAAGAUAAAAAAUUCAUGAACAAGUAUACAUCACAAUUUGGAUCUGGUAGUCAAUAUUCUUACUAUCAUGAUGAAGAUGAAUCAACAUUUCAUUUGGUUGAUACAACAAGAGUACAAAAACCAUUGUAUCAACGUGGUAGAUUUGGUAGAAAUUUACGUAUGCGUGGUGGUCGUGGUGGUUUAAUAAAUCAAAUGCAACAACUGAGUAAAUUAAAAUCACGUGAACGUGAACGUAAAGGACAACAAUUUAAAAAAUGGGGACGUCAACAAGGUAUGAGAAAUAGAAAUCAACAACAAAUAAAAAUACGUGAUGCAUCAGUAACAGUUAAACCAAGUUGGCAAACAAUUGAAGAAAUGGAAUUUUCACGUUUAUCAAAAUUAUCAUUACCAUCAAUAAAAAAUGGUGAAGAUGUAUUAUGUGCUGGUUCAUUGGAAUAUUAUGAUAAAACAUAUGAUCGUGUUAAUGUUAAAAAUGAAAAACCAUUACAACGUAUUGAUCGUAUAUUUCAUACAGUAACAACAACUGAUGAUCCAAUAAUACGUAAAUUAUCUAAAACAGAUACUGGUAAUGUAUUUGCAACUGAUGCAAUACUUGCAACAAUUAUGUGUUGUACACGUAGUAAUUAUUCAUGGGAUAUUGUUAUUGAAAAAAUUGGUGAUAAAUUAUUUUUUGAUAAACGUGAUAAUACAGAAUUUGAUUUAUUAACAGUCAAUGAAACAAGUAUUGAGCCACCACAAGAUGAUGGUAAUAUAUUAAAUUCACCAAGAAAUCUUGCACUUGAAGCAACAUUUAUAAAUCAUAAUUUUUCACAACAAGUACUUAAAUCAAAUGAACCAAGAUAUAAAUUUCCAGUAGAUAAUCCAUUUAUAACUGAUACUGACGAAGAAACAGAUGUUGCAAGUAUUGCAUAUCGUUAUAAAAAAUGGGAUUUAAAUAAUGGUAUUAUAUUAAUAUGUCGUUGUGAACAUGAUGCUGUUGUACAAGGACCAAAUGGUGAAUUACAAUUUUUAACAAUAAAAGCAUUAAAUGAAUGGGAUUCAAAAUUAGCUAAUGGUGUUGAAUGGCGUCAAAAAUUAGAUGGUCAACGUGGUGCUGUACUUGCUAAUGAACUACGUAAUAAUGCAUGUAAACUUGCUAAAUGGACAAUUCAAGCACUACUUGUUGGUUCUGAUCAAAUUAAAUUUGGCUAUGUUUCACGUGCAAAUGUACGUGAUUCAAGUAAACAUGUUAUUUUGGGAACACAACAGUAUAAACCAAUUGAAUUUGCAACACAAAUUAACUUAAAUAUGGACAAUGCUUGGGGUAUUUUAAGAUGUAUUAUUGAUAUUUGUUUAAAACAAAAAGAUGGAAAAUAUCUUAUUAUGAAAGAUCCAAAUAAACCUAUGAUACGUUUAUAUGAUAUUCCUGAUAAUACAUUUGACAGUGAAGAAGAAGACGAUGAUGAUGAUGAUAAUGAACCAACUGCUAAUGAUGCUUUUCAAAAUUAAUUAAUAACCUUGAAUUAUAUUUAUCAAUGUUAUUAUUAUUAAUAUUAAUAUUUUAGUUGUUUUUUUUUUUUUUUAUUUUCUACUAUACCUAUAUGAAAAUUUUGUAAUUUUUAAAAUUUUAAUAUUUCAAAAAGUUAUAUAAAAAACUACAAUGAUGAUGC